GUAAACAACUGUCAGUGCAAAGGUUUUUGUGGUUGUUUAUGUCGAGAUAAAAUUUACAGUACAGACAUUAUUACGCCAUCUAUCGUCCACGGGUCUUAUACUCUACAACAUUUAGCAAGCAACCCUCUUUUCACAGCGCCCUUACCCUCGCAAUUGGGGUGGAUAUUGAUCCUGACCUAAUAAAUUUAAGCCGGUACGUAAAUACACAUCCAGUUGCGACAAAGAUUUAUUAAAAUGUACAGCAAAAAUGUGGAUAUUAGAACGGAAACUGAGAUAGACUAACUUUACUUUCAAUACUAGUGUUUCACUACAAAUACAACAAUCAAAACAAGAUAUAUUCAUAAUGGAAAGAUCCAAAAGAUUUGCUGAUAAAAUGUCAACCGACGAGGAAGAAAACGCAUCGGUUUCUUCCGUAGAAACUCUAGCCAAUGAUUUUGUUGAAGAUAUAAGACUAGAAAGAGAUGACUCAUCAUCUUCUGGAGAAAACUAUGUAUUGUCACGAAUGAAGAAAAAAGUUUUGUAUCUUUCAGAGAACCAAGAAAAUGAAAGUCCACGUAGGUCCAUAAAUAAAGCUCCAAGACACGCAACGUUAAGGCCAUUUUAUGAUAAUUCACAUGACAAAUAUCCAGAUGCUUCAAGAUUAUUACGGUCGAAAGUCAAUGAAGAUGAUGAUUCACACUACAGCUAUAAUCCUGAUGAUAUAGAAACUCAUCCUAUUGUGAAAACCAUCAUGGUUGGUAGUGAUUACCAAGCUCAAGUUCCGGAAGGUUUAUGUAACUAUGGCGAUGCACUUCCAUAUGAGAACGAUGACAAAUUAAUAUGGGAUCCUUACAAUAUAGCUAGUAAUGAUGUAGAAGACUAUUUAAGAAAAGCUGCAAGUAUACAAAACCCAUCACUUCCAAAUGGCAGUCAUCUUAGGGACAACGAGCAGUAUUUAUUCUUAUUACAACAAUGCGGUCACAAUGUUGAAGAAGCGUUGAGGAGAUUAGGAAUGAAUACUGCAAUAUAUAACGACAAAAUGUCUCCUUGGUCUGAGGAAGAAUGUAGGAAUUUUGAAGCUGGAGUUCGAGCUUUUGGCAAAAAUUUUUAUUUGACGCAACAAAACAAAGUACGCACAAGAUCUGUUGGAGAGUUGGUACAAUUUUAUUAUUUAUGGAAAAAGUCUGAAAGACACGACAUAUUUGCUAACAAGGUGAGGCUGGAAAAAAAGAAAUAUGCUCUGCAUCCUGGUGUUACCGAUUUCAUGGAUAGAUUCCUCGAUGAUCAAGAUACCAGGGAUAGCAGUUCUCCCCCCACUGCGCAAGUCGUGGAAGAUAAGAAAAAUCAAGAUAAUCAAAAUAUCAGUUCAAACUGAAAUAUAACCCUUUAUAAAUGUACAGAAAUAUUUUUAUCGUAUCAA